UUACUUUGCUUGUGGCAAGGGAUUUUAUUGUCGUGUUUGCUCUAAGAAACAAAUAAAAUCUUUUUACUAAAAUUAUAGAAUAAGUGUUGAUAUAUAUAUGAAAUUGCUUGAUAGCUGAAAAUAUAUUUUUUAAAUGCGAAUUUUUGCAUGUGAAUAUUGAUAUAAUUAAAGAGUGAAAGACUCACCGGUUGGAAGCAACGUAAAAGAAAAAAGCGUAUACAUAUAGUGCAUAUAACAUAAGUUAACUUGAUAUAUAUAUCAUAUCAUAAAAUGGAAGCAGUUCCAACAGCAGCUGUUGCACCAGUAAGUGGACCACCUGCGCCACGUGGAGGUUACAGAGGGCGCGGUGGCAUGCCUAUGCGCGGUUUUGACCGUGGUCGUCCAAGAGGUAUCGGACGUGGCCACUUUAUGGGUGGUGUUGGCCGUGUGGGGGGACCAGGUGGUAUGGGUGGUCCAAUGCCUCAAGGUAUGAUGGCUCCCAGAGGUAUGCGUAUACCCAGAGGUGGUCAAGGCUACCCUGGCCGUGGUGGGUUUAUGCCACGUGGAGGUGGUAUGCGUGGUGGUAGACCUCCAAUGUAUGCACAAACUGUGAAACAACAUUCAGGUGCAGACAAUAACAAGACAGUAUCACCAGUUCCAACCGCUACUGGAAAUACUACAACUACAGCAGACGAAGAAACGUCAGUUUCAACGUCUCCAACCACAGCGGUUGGCACAGCAAGUGGAACUAACUCAAUAUCUGCUCCUGUUAACACAAAUGGGUCAAAUGGUGGUAUUUCACAUCCUCGUGGUCCACCCCGUGGGGGUCGUGGCGGUUUCAUGAGAGGUGGCGGGCGUGGUGGCUAUAAUCCACAUCAUAGUAAUGGUGUAAUGCAUGGGUCAAUGGGCGGUGCACCUGAUCAUGGUGGUAUGCCAAUGCGUAGAGGUGGACCACCACGUGGACGUGGUGGAUAUGGUCAAAGCAUUAACCGUUCACCUCAUCAUCAUCAACAACACAGCGCUAACACGCAAAUAGCUCCAGUACCCACAUUGAAACGUGGUGCUAUAGGUGGUCAUCCCGGGCCAAAGCGUGGAAGAUAUGAAGGUAUACCAUAUUCACAACGCCCAAUGACACCAAAGUAUCAUCAACAACAACAACAUGUUGCAUCAAUGCCGCCACAAUCUAGCUAUGCAGCUCCACCCAGCCAUCAUGCGCAAACACACGGACAUCAUGGAUAUGCUUCUCAUGAUCAAAGCCAAGCAGUAGACCCGUAUGCACAGUCUUAUGCUGCACCAGUUGCACAGACUACAUACAAUGGCUAUGCGCAGAGCAGUGACAUUGUAUGGGAUAACGCGCGCACUUUACCCACUCAUACAAAUAGUCCCAUUAAUAGCAGUACCGGAAAAGUUCUUACUACUUCUAACGAGCAGCUAAUGCGUUUAAUGAAACUUUAUAAGUUUACACUUAAUAGCCUAAUUGGACUAGCGCCUAGUGGUCGAGAAGAAUGCCUGCCAACCACGUGGAAUGAAGGUAUCGUGGUCAAAAUACCCAACAAAAGGAGAAGCAAAGGACUGCAAUAA